CUAGCUAACGUCUGUCGUUGAACCCGCUCAGGUUAGCUAGCUAGCUAGCUGGCCAGCCAUGUCGUCCCCCUCCUCCUCCAGGCGCCAGUGGUGCUACCUGUGCGACCUGCCAAAGAUGCCGUGGACUGUGGUGUGGGACUUCAGCGAAGUGGUUUGCCGUGGAUGCGUAAACUACGAGGGAGCUAAUCAGAUUGAGUUCCUUAUAACGAAUGCCCGACAUCUGAAACGAACUCACGGGAUGCAGGACGGGAACGUCAGGUCACCUGGUCCCUCGCCCAAUAAACACAGCACAUCUGGCAGAGGAGAUGCGGACGGAGGCAGGCAGCACAUGGACCGCUUUGACAGGGGAGGAAGAGGAGAAAGCACCGUGUCAGCUAUUCGUGUGCCGCCCAACGGGCUGCACCGCGACGGCCAGCACCCUCAAGAAUUGAACCGUCAGAGCCCCAGCGGCAGCCGAAGACCCAUGCUAGGCGCUGCCAUCCCUCCUAAUUUAGUGACUCAAAGUAUUGCAGGGAUUCCCCAUGGGUUACUUACGGGUAUGCCUGCGGGUCUAACCGCCAGGACAGCCCCAAUGAGCAGCCCCAUGAUCUUCCCUGCCCCGGUGCUGGCCGAGAUGAGCCGCAGACAGCUAGGGAUGGGGAUAGCUCCAUUUAUCACUCCGGAGCUGGAGCGAGAGCUCAGUUCGUCCCAGAAUCAGCCCAAGAUGCAGACACAGAUCCACACUGCUGUGGCCGGCAGCAGUGCCAGUAAGAGUACAGGCAUCCCUUCUUCUACCUCGACCCUGGCUGGAGGGGUGAGUCAAACCAGCCCCAAGCCUGCCUCGUCGCCAGCCAGGCAGCCACGGCCCCUAACUGCAAGGUCCGGAGGGGAGCCCCUGGGAUCCAGCACCUCAGCAGAGGCAGCCACCACAGCUGCAGCGUUACCCCACAGCGGUGCCUCUGAACUGGGAUCAGCAUCUGCCAGCAGCACUCAUUCAACUGGAAACACUCUGUCCUGCACCUUGUGUCAUGAGAGGCUGGAAGACACACACUUUGUUCAGUGUCCAUCAGUGCCGGGGCAUAGGUUCUGCUUCCCCUGCACAAGAGUGUACAUCCAGAGCCGGCGGGGCGAUGGGGAGGUGUACUGCCCCAGUGGAGAGCGCUGUCCACUGGACAACUCUCCCAACAGUCCCCCUUGGGCUUUCAUGCAGGGAGAGGUAUCCACCAUACUCGGCACUGCCGGAGCAGGAGCUGCGUCAGCUGCUGCAUCUGGAGCCGGGAGCGGAGCUGCCAGUGGAGCCGGAGCUGCCAGCGGAGAUGUCACCGUCAAGAAAGAGAGAGACACGUGAUGAUGGCUUCCAUGGAAACCAGACCAGGACCCACAGCAACAGAUUUUAAUCGCAUACCGGAAAGAGACGUCUGCAAUGAAGCUCUGAGAGAUCCAGCAGAGAAGCAACACACUGGCCCACAGUUCAGAAAACCUCCAGUUUACAGGUCUUGACUUCAACUACUAAACAUCACCCAACUCUAUCUACAUUAUCCGACCUAAAAUUGCCUUGCCUGUACUGUUGGAAUCAGACAUUCAGGGCCAAUCAACAGCUGAACAGUGGCUACUUUUUGUAGUGUUCGUAGUAGUUGUGUAAAAACAACUGGGCUGCGUUUCCAUAGUGGUUCAACAUGCUCUCGUUCACUUGCCCUAAGCACUUGCCCUGGGGGGGGGGGGGGGGGGGGGGGGGGGGGAUCCCUGCCCCCAUCUUAAGUAUCGUUCCAAUGGUCUA